AUGUUGACACUUUCAGCAGCGAUUAGUACUUGCAUGAACAAUGGUGAUUCAGUUCAAGUAAAGAAUUUUAUGAUAAAAAAACAAGCGGGACGUCAAAUGGAAGAUUUUCAAAGUCGUUUUCUUGCUCAGAAUCUUCUCCAAUCUGCAUUGGACGUCAACAAGGUCUUCGCAAUUGUCAACGAAAACGAUCGUGAACGAUUUAUGAAAAACUAUGCCAUACUACUCAAUGGUCCAGCUAAAGUCAGAGACAAUUAUUAUGAUCAAGUGACCAAAUAUGCGCAUAUGUGUACUAAAGAACAUUUCAAUUAA